AUGGCGGAGGCAGGUGAUGAUAUUCUUUCAGGAAUGACCUUCAGAUUCUAUUUGCGUCAUCACGGCGGAGUGGAGGCUCUAGUGGAGUCCAGUGUCCGAACUGAGGCGCAGUCAUCCAAUUUGAAGGUUCUGGACCUGGCUUGGAAUGCGCUUCAUGGUGAAGCAGCGGAGGCUCUUCUGGAAGGCGUUUACGAAAACAACAAGGCCGCGGACGCCCGGCAUAGUGGUGGCUUGCGGCUCUGCGAAGUUGCUGUCCAGCAUUUUCGAAGACUGCACGACAUUGUUCCACUUGGUGAAGCAACUACGCUGGAUUUGAAAUUGGCCAUCCAAGCACGGCUAGCAGUGCCACGCAAGGAGCAACGUUUGACGGCAGGUCAACUCCUGCUGCACGAUGGUUUGCGACUGGCCAACAUCGCAGCUGAGGUCGUGGAUGAGGAUGAUAUUCUGCAGAUAUGCCUCCUCCGCCUCGAUGGAGCACGUCCUGGAAUGGUGGAAGGAUUGGCAUCCGGCUGGUUGGCACUACAGGAUUUGUCAGAGGAACUGCGAGGUGACAAGGAAUUGGUUCUGGCAGCUGUCUCUGCAAAUGGUUGGUGCCUGGAGUUCGCCAGCUUUUUGCUGCGUGGCGACCGAGAUGUGGCCAUGGCCGCCGUGCAAAGCGACGCGGCCGCCCUGGAGUUCGUCUCAGAGUCCCUGAAAAGAGAUCGAGGUGUUGUUUUAGCUGCGGCGCAACGGAAUGGCUGGGCAUUGGCCUUCGCACCUGACCUUCAGGCAGAUAAGGAAAUCGUGCUUGCUGCGGUUGCAAGCAAUCCGCUUUCGCUGCAAUUUGCAUCAGAGGCAGGACGUUCUCCGCUCUUGGCACGAUGGGACGAGUUUCUUUUUUCACUCACUGUGACGCAUGUGGAGUUUCGGCAGGAGCUGCGGAGUGAUCCUCAAGUCGUACUGAAGGCGGUGUCUCUCAAAGGCUGCGCCCUGCGCUUUGCAGCGCCCCACCUCCGCAGAGAUAGCAAGGCACUGCGGACAGGGGACCACAGCUGA